AAGGUAUAGUUUCGAUCAACUAAGCCGGCUUCUCUUACACACAGUUCAGUGGCAUCUUUGUUUUCAAGCCGUUGCUUUUGCCUUGUCUUCAAAAUUCCACCUUCGCGGUCUUCACACUGCACGCGCCUCCGCGUGAUCCACCACCUCGCCGCCGCCUAUUCCACAUUCAAUUUCUCCGAGCUAAUUGUAUAGAACAAAAGUCACAAUGACUGCUACUUCUAUGUUAUUCUCGUGCUCUAUGCAUGUCGGAGUUUCUAAUCCAAUGAUGGCUUCAAAAUCAUCUGCGUGUUGUUUAUCAAACCGGCCAUCGAGUCAUUCGAAGUCAAUUUCAUCAUGUGGGCAGUUUGGAGUUUCGGGAAAAUCAAAACUUUUGUGCCGGGCAAGUGCUCUUCAAGUUGAAAGUGCUCCUUCAUUUUCUGUUGGGCAAAAGUUUCAAUUUGAUGAUGUGAUUGAAGCUCAACAAUUUGAUAGAGAAACUCUCAAUGCUAUAUUUGAAGUUGCAAGGAGUAUGGAGAAUAUUAGGAACAACUCAUCUGGGAGCCAAAUGCUUAAGGGUUACCUCAUGGCUACUUUGUUUUACGAGCCUUCCACUAGAACCAGGCUUUCAUUUGAGUCUGCCAUGAGAAGACUAGGUGGUGAUGUUCUCACAACCGAAAAUGCUAGGGAGUUUUCGUCUGCAGCUAAAGGAGAGACGCUCGAAGAUACUAUAAGAACAGUUGAAGGUUACUCUGAUAUAAUUGUCUUGCGGCACUUUGAAAGUGGCGCAGCGAGAAGAGCUGCAACAACUGCUAGCAUUCCAGUAAUCAAUGCAGGGGAUGGCCCGGGACAGCAUCCUACUCAGGCACUUUUAGACAUUUAUACCAUUGAAAGAGAGAUUGGAAAACUGGACGGAAUUAAAGUUGGGCUUGUCGGAGACCUUGCUAAUGGCAGAACGGUUCGCUCACUUGCAUACUUACUUGCCAAGUACCAUGACGUGAAAAUAUAUUUCGUCUCUCCUAAUGUGGUCAAAAUGAAGGAUGACAUAAAAGAGUACCUGACAUCAGAAGGAGUAGAGUGGGAAGAAAGUUCUGAUUUGAUGGAAGUGGCUUCAAAGUGUGACGUAGUUUAUCAAACUCGCAUUCAGAAGGAAAGAUUUGGAGACAAAAUUAACCUUUAUGAAGAGGCAAGAGGCAAGUAUAUUGUAAAUCAAGAUGUUCUAAAGGUGAUGCAAAAUCAUGCUGUUGUAAUGCACCCUCUUCCAAGACUCGACGAAAUCGAAGUGGAAGUCGAUAGUGAUCCAAGAGCUGCUUACUUUAGGCAAGCGAAAAAUGGUCUAUAUAUUAGGAUGGCUCUAUUAAAGGUUUUGCUUCUUGGUUGGUAAAAGAUGCGUUCACUUUCGAAGUGAUCAAGAUGAUAAAUUGUUUCAGGUGUUGUCUUAGUUUACUUGUUUUUGUAUGUUGGCAUGAGAGUCUCACAUAUACAGUGAGAAAGAGGAGGAAAAAUAAUUUUUAGACAUUAGUAUUAACUUUUGAUGUGCAAGUUUUGUUUACUUACCAAAAUGCAUGACCAAAGUUUUGUUCCUUACCGUAUUAACCAGCGAUGUAUUGUUACAGUGUGCACUCUUAAGAUUUAUGGAUACUUGACCAUUUUUUUUUA